UUUUUCCUCAUCUCUUCCCAAAUGCAGCAUCUUUUGGUGGCAUCAUCUUUUACUUUCAUUCAUCUUCUUUUAGUUUCUCCUCAGCCAAACCUCAAGAUGGUUGUUCUUGUGAUCUUGCUGGCAUUUGUUGCAUUUCUCUGCUUGAUAACUUGGUGGUGGCAAGUGUCGUGUAGCUCCUACUGGAGGGUCAGAGGAGUACCAUACAUAGCAGGUUUUCCAUUUAUUGGCGCCCUCCGUGGGGUGGUUUUCUUCCAAAAGAGCGUAACUGAACUUUUCCUCCAAUUGUACAACGAUGCUGAGACGAAGAAUGAACCAAUUGUGGGAUUUUACUUCUUCCACAAGCCAAGUCUUCUCAUUCGCGAUCCCGAGUUGAUUAAGCGUAUUUUGGUGAAAGACUUCAACAAUUUUCCCGACAGGCGCCUAACACCUGACCCACAGACAGACGGUGUUGGCUUCAACAUUAUGCCCGUGACGAAGGGAGACACGUGGAAGAAAGUUCGUGGGCACAUUUCUCCGGUCUUCACGGGUGUGAGAAUGAAGAAUUUCUUCGCCCUCCUUAGCGAAGUCGCUAAAGUGUUCGAAAAGAAAAUGGCGCGUGAUACUCAAAAUGGCUGCCAUGUGUACGAUGUAAAAGAUCUCUUUGGACACUUAACACUCGAUAUGAUUGCAAUUUGUGCCUUUGGCAUUGAAACUAAUUCACUGAGUCGGGAUUCAGAGUUUUAUGCGCAAGUAAAGAAGAUCACAGACUUCACUUUGGAACGAUCAAUUAACUUCAACGGAGCCUAUUUCUUCCCUGAACUUUCGCCCAUCUUGAAAUUCAACAUCAUCCCUAAAUCUACGAGCAAUUUCUUGCGAAACUCCAUCAAGGAAGUGAUGGAGGUGCGAGAAAGGACAAAUACAAUGAGACAAGAUUUAAUUGAUGUACUAAUUCGGAUGAAGAAUACAAACAAAGAUGUCUUCUUUGGGGACGUUUUGGUAGCACAGGCGGCCAUAUUUGUUUCAGCUGGCUACGAAACAACGUCCUCAGCAACGUCUUUUGCCCUCUACGAGUUGGCUAAGCAUCCGCAAAUCCAAGAAAAGGUCAGAGAAGAAAUUCUGAAGGAACUAGAAAAUGGUGGAAUUUCAUAUGAAAGGAUUAAUAAGCUUGAAUACCUCAAUAUGGUUAUUCAAGAAACACUACGACUGUACCCAACGGUCCCAUUUCUCGACAGGGUGUUCAUGCCAACAGGGCAGCAAGGAGAAUUUUACACGUUGGAGCCACAUCACAAAUUCAGCAUCCCCCGCGGAAUGCCCGUGUACAUCCCCGUCGUGGGCAUACAUCGUGAUCCCAAAUUCUACCCUGACCCACUCACCUUCAACCCCGAGAGGUUCCGUGUCAACGAGAGGGGUGACCGGAAUCAAUAUGUGUUCUUGUCAUUCGGUCAAGGUCCCCGGGGGUGUAUUGGGGCGAGAUUCGGCAUGCUCCAAGUUAAGCUUGCACUUAUCUCCGUGCUGAAGAGCUUUCGUGUGGAGUGCUGUGACACAACACCACGCACUAUCAGGAUAUCGAAGAAGUCGUUAAUAAUGCAAUCAGAAGAUCCCAUCAAUUUAAUAUUCAGGAAGCUUUAGUGCUCCUGUUGCGCUCUUUUCUCCCCCCUUGGCUUCCAUAUAUUGAUUAAAAGAAGAAUUUUAUGGGUUAUUUUGAGUGGAAAUUAACUAUUACUAACGUAUUUUAUGGUGGAUAAAAAUACAUAAAAAUUUCACAUUGUCUUUAGCUUAUAAAAUUUAUUUUUACAACUCUCCCUUAAUGGAAUAAAUGGUUUUUAUUAUAGAAGUUUUAGU